UGCAAUUAUUUCAAAAUAAAUACAAGUAAAUCUAUUUAAUUGACAUACAUUCAAACAAAAUAUUCAAUUUUCUUCUUAUUCUUCUUAGUAUUAUUAUACAGCCUAAUUAAGCUUGCAUUACUGUGCAAUAUUAUUUAAUGUUUUCUCAAGGCGAUCUCAAUUUGAAAGGUGUAUAUUUGAAUUUGUGGGAAGGAAAAGAAAAGAAAAAGUCCCACUAAAGCUAUUAAGUGUGAGGUGUGGUCACGGAAAGGUGGUAGCCAAUCAGAGGCGACCUGUGGGGGCCUAUUUAUGGACCCCUCGUACCAUCAUCACCAUGUUCUUCACUGCAGCAGCUCUCACGUUGGGACCCAACAUGACCAGGAACUUUGAAAAAACGCUCGAGGAGGAUACCAAGAGCAGAAAAAGGAUUCUCAAACCGGCUGUGGAAAAGAAGAGAAGAGAUCGCAUAAACAAAAGCCUUGCAGAGCUCAGAAGCUUGUUGUUGACUAAUACAGCUGAUCCGCGUUUGCAGAAUCCCAAAAUUGAGAAAGCAGAAAUUUUGGACUUGACUGUGGAGUACCUUCACAAAUGGACAAAUGGCAAGAAACUAAGCAAUGAUGCUCUCAGUGGUGUGGUAAGUCUCCAUCCGAGCGGCCCUCCUCGCUUAACCCUUGAGGGUGCAGGUUUUCAGCAGUGUGUGUCGCAAAUGGCCAGCUACAUGCACAAGAUGCCGGCGCUGCAGCAAGCCGGCUUCAUGGAGGGACUGAAGCACCACGCGGAGAGGCGGCAGGCCAGACAGCCGCCAUCUUUAAUAAAGUCCCUAGCGAGACUCACGGAUGCGGCGUCGGCGGAGGCCAUUUGCACAUCUGAGAGUCAAGAAGACUCCCACAACUUCGUGCUCUUCUCGCAUUCGCCGCCUCAGCCUCACGCUUGCUCCACACCGCUCCACUCCCCUCCCACCUCCCCCUGGUUCUCCACAUUUGCUUCCUCCUCUCCUCCUUUCCCCUCGUUCGCCUGUCACUUCUCCUUCCCGCCCAGCCUGUCACCUCCGUCGGCCAACACCUCUUUCUCCACGCUCCCUGCCCACGUGACUUCCUCCUCGCCCACACUUGCUCACCAGGCAGGUCCCCCCGUCUUCCACUACCCCUCUGUCACCUCCCUGAGGUCUCCUCCACACCCCACACAGUCACAGAGGUCAUCCUCACUCACGUGGAGACCCUGGUUCUGAAGUGUGGUGCCCUCUAGUGAUGGAUGA